UCUCUGACCCCAGUCAUCCUCCGAUAGUCCACAACCAACUCCAGCUGCUGCAACAUCAUGAGUUACACAGUGAGACAACUAAGUCCCGAAGAUGCCGAAGUCAUGGACCGGGCCUUCGGCAUCAAGAACUCCCUCAUGGAAUUUAAUCCAGGAAAAUGCCUCCUACCACCCUUCCAUGACAAAAUCGCCCAACAAAUCAUAGAUGCACCAGUUCGAGAAGACGACGUCUGGCUCAUUUCCUUCCCACGGACUGGUUCCACUUGGUGCCAAGAAAUGAUCUGGUUGAUUGGAAACGACCUUGACUUUGAAACGGCCAGAAACACCAUUCAGCAAAUCCGAGCACCCUUAAUCGAAAUGUCAACAGUUCUUAUACAAUACCAAGAUACUCUCGGUGAGGAACUCCUCGGCAACUCCGUCGAUCUCGUCGACAACCUUCCGUCUCCACGUUACAUCAAAAGUCACCUCCCGUUAUCAUUACUUCCUACAGAACUUGAUAAAAUCAAGCCAAAAAUUAUCUACACUUGUCGCAACCCCAAAGACAUGUGCGUUUCGUAUUAUCACCACUGUCAGAUGUUCCACCAGCUUGAUAUCACGUUUGAGGAAUUUUGCGAUCAAAUGAUAAAAGGGUUGACCCCAAUGGGGGCUCUCUUCCCCCAUUAUCUCUCUUUCUGGGAUAAAAGACACGAAACUAAUAUCCUCUUCCUGAAAUAUGAAGAUAUGAAGAAGGAUCUUCGCGGAACUUUGAAGAAAAUCGCAAAUUUCAUGGAGAAGAGUUACACUGAAGAAGAAUACGACAAAUUGUGCGACUUUUUGAGCUUCCAAAAUAUGCGAAACAACCGAGGAUGUAAUCUUGAAGUGUUGCUAGAGUCAAAAUAUGGCAAAGAUUAUUUCAAAAAGACGGGGAAAUAUUUUAUCAGGAAAGGACAAGUCGGGGAUUGGAAAAAUCACAUGAAUCCAGAAUUGGCCAAGAGGUUUGAUGACUGGAUUGAGGAAAAUACCAGAGGGACCGGACUCACUUUUGAUUAGAUUUAUUUAGUACAAAUAUUUUGUUAGAUGUGUAUAUUUUAAAUAAAAUUGUUUAACCCAA